AUGGACCCCGCAGCCAUCCCGGUUUUUCAACCGAUGCGCCGUAUUCCGCUACCGUUGGAAGAAGCAGUUGCAAAGAAGAUAACGGAAUUGCUGAAACGUGACAUCAUUGAGCCCAAGACAGGUCCAACCAGCUGGGUAUCUCCACUUGUUAUCGUUGGGAAAGUAACGACGAUUACAUUGGCGAUUGGGGAGAGGAUCCGUUUGAGCAAACUUGAUAUUCGUGAGGCGUUUUUACAAGUGGAAUGGAGAAGAAUGCGGGACAUAACAACGUUCAUGACAAAUCGAGGGCUAUUCCGUUUCAAGAGACUGCCGUUCGGCUUGGUAACGGCACCGGAAAUGUUCCAGAAAUCUAUGGACGAGAUAUUGGCGGAUUGUAGCGGCACCUAUUGGUAUCUCGAUGACAUUAUUAUUGAGGGAAAGACCUCGAGGAACGAUAAUCGCCUUGCAAAGGUCCUUUCGAGAUUAAAAGAUAGGGGAGUCGAACUCAAAUGGGAGAAGUGCCAGUUUCGCGUUACUCGGCUUGAGUUUUUGGGUCACAAAACUUGGAAGAAGGAAUAA